UCUUUGCCCUAUCUCUGCCCCUCCUGUUUCCGGUGCCGUCACGGGACAGAGCCGUCGGUGACAGCCCCGAGGGCCCCCGCCCCGCGCCCAUGGCCGAGCCGGACCCCUCUGACCCUCUGGAGACCCAGGCAGGGAAGGUGCAGGAGGCUCAGGACUCAGAUUCAGACACUGAGGAAGGAGCUGCAGGCGGAGAAGCCGAGAUGGACUUCCUGCGGAAUUUCUUCUCCCAGACACUGGGCCUGGGCACCCAGAAGGAGCGUCUGUUGGACGACCUGACCCUGGAAGGGGUGACGCGCUACAUGCAGAGCGAGCGCUGGGCUCAAGCGAAAGGGCAGAGAUGGGCCCCAAUUGGACCAGGUUGGGACACGCUCCUGCCGCAAACCAACCACCGUGUCUCUGAUUGGCCAGGCGUGGGUCACACCUCCAUUGCUGAUUGGCCAGACGUGUUUGACAGCCUGAAAUCCACGGGCCUCUAUGCCAACCUAGAGAAGUACCAUCUUCCCUACCCGGAGGCCAUCUUUGAGAUUGGCUACUUCAAGAAACACCCAGAGCCCUUCUUUGCUCUUGCCAAGGAACUCUAUCCUGGGCAGUUCAAGCCGACCAUCUGUCACUACUUCAUCCGCCUGCUGAAGGAGAAGGAGCUACUGCUGCGCUGCUACACGCAGAACAUAGACACGCUAGAACGAGUGGCGGGCCUGGAGUCUGAGGACCUGGUGGAGGCCCACGGCACCUUCUACACCUCGCACUGCAUCAGCCCCCUCUGCCGACGGGAGUACUCGCUCAGCUGGAUGAAAGAAGAUCUUCUCGAGGUGACUCCCAAGUGUGAGAAAUGUCACAGCGUGGUGAAGCCUGACAUCGUGUUCUUCGGUGAGAACCUCCCAGCAAGGUUCUUCUCCUGCAUGCAGUCAGACUUCUUGAAGGUGGAUCUCCUCAUCAUCAUGGGUACCUCCCUGCAGGUGCAGCCCUUUGCAUCCCUCAUCAGCAAGGCACCCCUCUCUACCCCACGCCUGCUCAUCAACAAGGAGAAGACUGGGCAGACUGACCCUUUCCUGGGGAUGAUGAUGGGCCUCGGAGGAGGCAUGGACUUCGACUCCAAGAAGGCCUACAGGGACGUGGCCUGGCUGGGUGACUGUGACCAGGGCUGCCUGGCCCUCGCCGACCUCCUCGGAUGGAAGAAGGAGCUGGAGGACCUCGUCCGGAAGGAGCAUGCCAUCAUUGAUGCCCAGGCAGGGUCGGGGAGCCCCAACCCCAACACUUCAGCUUCCCCCGGGAAUUCUGCACCUCCUGCCAAGGAGGAGGCCAGGACCAUGGAGGGGGAGCAGGGCCAGUGACAGCUGCACCUCCCGGGACAGCAGAGCCGCCACCAGCCCUGGCCCCCUCUAACUUGCAGCUCUUGUCUGGGGAGCUCAGAACAUUGCCCCAGUCUCCUAACUACCCCCUCUCAAAACUGGGGUCCCAGCCCCCUGACCCUGGCAAAUCUCUAACAGCACCCCGGGGCCGAGGCCUGGGCAGCUCAGCUGUAACAGCCGCGGGGUGCGGGUCAACCUCCCCUAAUCUCUAACUGCUUCCGGGGCCAGGGCUGCCGCUAAACUCCUAACUGUUUUGGACAGGGGCCCCGGGGCUCCCCAGGGCUCCCCAUGCCCUCCACUGCUCCUAGGGGGCCUGUGGCCAAGUCGGCCAAGUCUAAUGUACCCUGGGUGGAGUGUGGGCCCUCCAGACAUAACACCCCCUGGGGGGAGCUGAGCCUGAAGGCCUCUCCAGUCUGUGCCUCCCACUCCCAAAGUGGGUGCUGGACCCCUUCCCUUUGGGACCCACUUCCCCUGCCGGGAGGGGCAGAUCGUGUUGCUUAUUGGAGACAUUAAAAACAAAAACAACUAACGAUCAGCUAUCCGGCCUCCCUGUUCCU